AACUAGUGUGGAAUACCUCCCUAGAUCUAUUGAUCAAAGUGCACUUAGUCACCAACAUAACUAUGUCGGACUUUGGAAAAUUUGGCCCAUUAGUUGGGUCCAUCGAUGAAGGCACUUCAAGUGCAAGGUUUAUUAUUUUUAAAAUUAAUUCUACAGAGGUGGUUGCCUACCAUCAGAAAGAAUUGGAACAGAAGUUCCCGCAAGAGGGAUGGGUGGAACAGGACCCUUUUGCCAUUUUAGAAGUAGUUACAACCUGUAUUCAAAAAGCUGUCGAGCAACUAAUCAGCCUUGGUGGUCAAGCCAAGGAUAUUAUAGCUGUAGGAGUUACCAAUCAACGUGAAACAACAAUUGUUUGGGAUAGAAACACUGGUGCACCUCUUCAUAAUGCCAUUGUUUGGUUGGACAUGAGAACAACAUCAACUAUUGAGAAGCUACUGGAUACUGUCCCUAACAAAACUAGAAAUCAGAAUUAUUUAAAGCCUUUAUGUGGUUUACCCUUGUCACCGUACUUUAGUGCUGUGAAGUUGCGAUGGUUGAGUGACAACGUGGAUGUCGUCAAAACUGCUAUGAAAAAGGGCACUUGCUGCUUUGGAACCGUUGAUACUUGGAUUAUAUGGAAUUUGACAGGUGGUCCCAGUGGUGGGAAACACAUUACGGAUGUGACCAAUGCAUCGAGGACUAUGUUAAUGAAUAUAGAAAAUUUAAAUUGGGAUCCGUUGCUGUUGAAGUUUUUUGAAGUUCCCAAGUCGGUUUUACCAGAAAUAAAAUCCAGUUCGGAGAUAUAUGGAUACAUUGCUGACGGACCCUUAAAAGGUAUUCCUAUAUCAGGUUGUUUGGGCGAUCAGCAAGCCGCUUUAGUGGGUCAGAUGUGCCUCCAGAAAGGUCAAGCUAAAGCAACAUACGGAACUGGCUGCUUUGUCCUAUAUAAUACGGGCGACAUUCGCGUCAACUCCAGUAGAGGAUUGUUGACGACUGUCGCAUACCAAAUAGGUAGCAAGAACCCUGCUAAUUACGCACUAGAAGGAUCGGUAGCUAUUGCGGGUGCGGCGUUGGGGUGGCUUAAAGACAACCUGGGCCUUUUAGAUAGCGCUAAAGAUUCGCAAGAUUUAGCUGAAAAAGCCACAGAAAAUGGGAGUGUAAUAUUUGUACCCGCAUUUAGCGGUUUGUAUGCUCCAUAUUGGCGCCAAGAUGCGCGAGGUGUAAUUUGCGGCAUUACGGAAGAUACUAACUCGAACCACAUAGCGAAAGCAGCCCUCGAAGCGGUGUGCUACCAAGUCAAAGACAUUUUAGACGCCAUGAACGAUGACUGUGGUAUUCCAUUGCAACUCUUGAAGGUCGACGGCGGUAUGACUGCAAACGCAUUAGUAAUGCAAAUGCAGGCCGAUUUGAUCGGGAUCAAUGUUAUAAGGGCCGGUUUCACAGAGAGCACCGCUUUAGGAGCGGCAUUAGUUGCCUACUGGGGCAUUGAGAGUAAUCCCCAAAUCAACACCAUACACAUGACCAGUGGCACAAUUUACUCACCCAAAAUCAGUGACGACGAAAGGGAUAUGAGGUACAAACAAUGGAAAAUGGCCGUCGACAGAUCAUUGGGUUGGGAACAAAAUUGAUUGUGAUAAUUAGAUUACCAAUUUGUUUAUAAAAGGUUGCUUUAAAUAGUUUCCAGAGUUUUUAUGAAGCGGACUAGUUGCCCGAUUUGUGUAUGCGUAACAAAUUAUGAAGAUGUUAUUAAUUAAGUAAAUGAUAGAAAUGUUUAAUUGGUUUCAAUGGAUUUCAUUUAUCGAUUCCUAAAAGAGUGUCAAUGCGUUGAAAAAUAAAUUGGAAAAAUAUUUUAAUAUCAAUGAGCUGUUUUGGUUAUGGGGCAGGCUAUUAUAUUCGGCCAUCUUAAGUAACUAACUCGCUUCAUAACUCUGCAUAACGAUUGCGAACAUUUUUGUGUUCAAAUAGCCUUCGAUAGAAGUUAAUCUAUAAGUAAUUUUUGCCUAUUUCCUAUGUAAGUGUUUUUGUGAAUUUAUCUCGAACACCAUCAAGAUACAAUGUUCCAUUACUCUAAAAAGACGUUAAAAAGACAUUAGCUAAUUAUUAGUCAAUCACGGUUUUUUCUGCACUUCAUUCCAUAGUUCCAUUCCAUUUAAACCGUUUUGCGUGCAUAUUUUAAUUUAUGAUAAUAACUUUUGCUCAUAAUAUUCUUAUGAACAUUGAAGCGAGCGAAGCGUAGGUUAAGUUCAAGCCCCAAACUGGCAAAUUCCAUUCAAAAUCUUUAUCCAUUUACACUUGCACACUAUAAGAAAGUCAUACACACACCCAUACAUCUUCACGCCAUGGCAAUUUCAUACAAUAUUGAAGAUGAAAUAAGCCCCAUAUUAUAGUCCCAU